AUGGAAGCAACUCACGAUGGGGACAUAACGAACGAUGCCGGUUCGGUGGGGGAUAGCGACGCAGGCGAACGCCCUGUUCGCGAAAAGUUCAAGAAGACAUCCAUUGCGUCAGGCCCCAAUCCGGAUCUGCCACCUGAAAGCUCUGCUGAAGGAGAGAAGCCUGCCUCCUCGGAACUGCGACAGGAGGAGGGAGGCGAGCGAGGAAGGUCGACGAAGAAGCGAUCAUUCGACGACCUGGAAGCGGAGGCCGCGCAAAGUGGAGAGGCUACGGCAGAAAAAGAAGAGCGCCGCACAAGAAAGAGAUCUAGGGAUAUGCAAAAUGAGGCGCCAGAUCAGGAGCGUAGCGCCUCAAAGGACCUAGAAGGUCCCGCAAUAGAUGUACCGGUUCCUAAAAGAAAGAGGAGCAGAGAGCAGUUCGACAAAGACUCGGUCAAAGCGGCGGGACAACCAGGAACUGAGGAAAAGGUUCUUGUCGAGACUAACGAGGUCGUUGAAGAGAGUCGGCCGGGAAGAGCAGCUAAUGAUGAGCCCGAGAAGAAACGACAUCGCGAUACGUCGCAAGAGCCAGAGAAGGCGAAAUCAACCGAGACAAAGGUAGGCGGGUUUUCGAAUACCUCCGCCAUUUCACCGUUCGGCGCUCUUGCCGCCAAAAAAUCACCUUCACUUGGAGGUGCUUCCAGCUCAGGAGGAAAUGUCCAGACCGACAAAGCUGAGACUUCCGCAGAAAAGUUCGCGGCUUCUGGUUUUGGUGCCCUUGCUAGUUCAGCGGCUUCUCCGUUUGGAACAUUGGCUGCAUCAUCGGGCAAGGCAAGCCCCUUCGCUACUCUGAACUCCGGCGCUGGUAAUGCUUCACAAUCAGGUACAUCUUUCGGCAGUGGUUUCGGUUCGUCUGCCUCUGGGUUUGGAAAGCUCGGAACGGGCUUUGGAUCGAGCUUUGGAGGUGGUGGACUGAAGAGCUUCGCUUCCCAUGAUGGCCCUGGCGUUAUUGGAAUAAGUGAUAAGCCCGCCAAGCCCUUUGGAGCGCCGCCAGAUGACGAGGAAGAGGAAGAAGCAGAGGCAAAUGGCAACGAUGAAGACACGCCAGGCGGCUCAGAAGAUGCCAAGGACAAGGAGGAUAAGCCUUUCCGACCGCAAGCCGUGGAAACUGGUGAGGAGGGCGAACACACCGCCUUUUCUUGCAGAUGCAAGCUUUACGCGUUUACCAACAAAGAAUGGAAAGAGAGAGGUCUCGGUGUUUUGAAGGUCAAUGUACCGCAGACUGAUGAAGAGUCUGACAAAGAAUCGCCCCCCGCACGACUCGUUAUGCGUUCGGAUUUUGUUCACAAGGUCAUCCUCAAUGUCCCAAUUAAGGAUAUGAAGCUUGGCGGAAAGGGAAAGAGCCUAACACUGUUUGAACUUCUUGAUGGGAAGCCGGUCCCAUUACAAUUGAAGGUAUGUCUUUCCGACUGCUUUUGCAAUACCUUCGGAAUUCGGCAACUAAUUCUAGGUGCCGGGAAAUGUUUCAAACCUCGUUCCUCUGCCCGACUCAAAUCUUACAGCCAUCUUGAAUCGUACAUUUCUUCAAAAGGCAUAUUUUACAGAAGGAGAACUGGCCUAAAUGCAUCUCGAGCUUUGAGUAAAUGCCACCGUAUGACCAAGCUGCGGGCGGCAACGGUCUCUAAUAAAGUCGUCAGAAAAGGGAAGCGAAAAGCCUCCGAACUGGAAAAUGGAACUCCCACCGAUCCCGCCAGUGAAAAUCCAUCGACGACAACUCAGACAGUACCUACCAAGACUCAUGAUGGUGGAAAGAAGUCCCGCCGCUCGGGGAAAUCAGCUUCAGACUCCACACCGGCGCUGGUCCGCCAAGAUUCGUCGAACUUCGUCAAUAGUAAUGUCCCAUGGCCAGAACAUUUCACAAAGCUUGGACAGAUCCACAAAGCAUUGAACCUGGUCUAUACAUUUUGUUGUACGAGAAAACACUUGGCAACAACCUUUGACAACAUCAAGUCAGCUGUCGAAAGCCACGUAAAACGACCUUUGAUAAUAGCGGACAUUGGUCAGAUCAAGGCUCUGGUCCCUAACGCGAUAAAUUUCUCCUACGUGGACGAGGCAAGCUUGGAUGUCCUUGUGGAAGGGUCUGGAACUAAAGUUCGACAAGUGGACCAUUUUGCCCCGCUGGAGACGCCAGAUGAGGGUAGUCACAAUGGUGCUAGAGAAAGGAGAGGAAGGGAAGUACUCUUCUUCGAAUUCAUUGAUGGCGAUCUCAAGCGUCAGGUCCUGCAGCCAAAAACAGGGAAGCCUGUGAAUCCAGUCAGGAAACUUCGAGAGGAGAGAUUGAAGAUGCCCGUCUACAGUCAAGCGCAGAUGAUGAAGAUGAUUGACAAGAGGAAUACCAAGUUUACCUCUGCGGUUAACGCUUUCCUCAACCAAUCUGCUGCAGAUGGGGUUGAUCCAGUAUCCCGUCUGGAAGAAGAGCUGAGUGACUAUAUUCCUGUCAUUUCAAAGGAGCGGAGCGCAACUCCUGCAAGGCAAGCCUACGCAAAACUGCCCGCUAGGAUACCAGAGGAACGAGCCUCCAUAGCAGACAUCAUUAAAGAAAUCAAGUCACUAGAGUGGUACACUGGUCAGAUAGUCCCUGAUGGGCAUCGAGUAUUUGACCCCCAACCUCCUGUUCAUGGCGAACUAGAAUUUCAAUUGUCGCAGACAUUGGUCAACGCGCUGUACAAUACUCGAGAGAUCACGCAACUCUAUUCACACCAAGCGGAAGCAAUAAACCAUCUGUAUCAUGGACGCCAUGUUAUUGUAUCCACCUCUACGAGUUCAGGGAAAUCUCUCAUCUAUCAGAUUCCAGUUUUGCACGAACUAGAGCAAGAUCUCAAUACUAGAGCAAUGUACAUCUUCCCGACAAAAGCUUUGGCUCAAGAUCAACGAAGAAGCUUGAAAGAGUUGAUGAGCCUCAUGCCUGGGUUGGAGAAUCUCGUUGUCGAGACCUUUGAUGGCGAUACACCCAUGCAAGACAGGAAUCGCAUAAGAGAUGAAGCAAGAAUCAUCUUCACCAAUCCGGACAUGUUACAUAUAACAAUUCUGCCCCAAGAAGAGUCAUGGAGAACUUUUCUCAAGAAUCUCAAAUACGUCGUUGUCGACGAGCUUCACGUAUACAACGGUCUCUUUGGGUCCCACGUUGCCUUCAUUAUGAGAAGACUUCGACGAAUAUGCGCCGCGGUUGGAAACCACCAUGUAAAAUUCAUUUCAUGUUCAGCCACGGUUGCCAAUCCGGAGGAACACAUGAAUACCAUCUUCGGCGUGGAUGACGUUGAACUAAUUGAUUUUGAUGGUUCGCCUUCUGGUCGAAAGGAAUUUCUAUGCUGGAACACUCCAUUCAAGGACCCAGCUGAUCCCUCCUCGGGCCGGGGGGAUGCCAUGGUGGAGUCCGCCAAACUAUUCUGUCAACUUAUAUUGAGAGGCGUAAGGGUCAUUGCUUUUUGUCGCGUUCGCAAACAAUGCGAAGUGCUCGUAGGCGCUGUCAAGUCCGAGCUGAGGGCACUCGAGCGACCAGAAGUCAUGGCGCGCGUGAUGGGCUACAGAGGCGGCUACACACCACAAGAUCGAAGGCAGAUCGAGAAAGAAAUGUUCGAAGGCAAACUGCUCGGCAUCAUAGCGACAAACGCCCUCGAGCUCGGUAUCGACAUUGGCUCUCUCGACGCCGUAAUUACCGUAGGGUUUCCAUACAGCAUCUCCAACCUGCGCCAGCAGAGUGGCCGAGCUGGACGACGUAACAAAGACUCCUUGUCCGUGCUGCUCGGCGACUGUUUCCCCACAGAUCAGUACUACAUGGAGAACCCAGAUGAGAUAUUCACCAAGCCCAACUGUGAACUGGGAGUCGAUCUACAAAACACGCUCGUACUCGAAGGACAUCUUCAGUGCGCUGCAUACGAGAUGCCAAUUCGCCCAGACGAGGACCAAAUCUAUUUCGGUGAAAACCUCCCUGAGCUCGCGCAGGACCGCCUGGUCAAAGACCCUCUGGGGUUUUACCACUGCCAUGAACGAUUCCGUCCACAUCCGUCGCGGUUCGUCGCCAUCCGCGACACAGAAGACGGGCACUUCGCCGUCGUCGACAUCACCAACAACCGCAACGUCGUGCUCGAAGAAGUCGAACCGUCUCGGGCCUUUUUCACCAUCUACGAAGGUGGCGUCUAUCUCCACCAAGGCCAGACAUACAUUGUCAAGGAAUUCUCCAUUGACUCGCGCCUGGCCCGCGUCGAGCGCGCCAACAUCGACUGGACCACCCAGCAACGCGACUACACCGACGUCGACCCCAUUGAGACCGAAGCCAUUCGGCGCAUCCCAGACUCCCUCUCCCGCGCCUUCUACGGCAGCAUCAAAGUCCGCAUGGUCGUCUUUGGUUUCUUCAAGGUCGACAAACGCCGCCGCAUUCUUGACGCCGUCCAGGUCGACAACCCCCCCGUCGAGAUCCUGUCCAAGGGAUUCUGGCUCGACGUGCCCUCCAAAGCACUCGAGAUUCUUGCCUCCCGUCGCCUCAAUGCCGCCGCGGCCAUUCAUGCCGCCGAACACGCCCUGCUUUCUCUCAUGCCCAAUUUCGUCAUCAGCAUGCCCGGCGACGUCCGCACAGAAUGCAAAAACGCCCUCAAGGAAUUCGCGCGCCGCGAAACCUCGCGCAAACGUCCGGCCCGACUGACCUUUUACGAUGCCAAGGGCGGCGCCGCAGGCUCAGGGAUUUCUACAAAGGCAUUCGAGUUUGUCGAUCUGCUUUUACAUCAGGCCUGUGAUCGCGUCGCGGCGUGCCAUUGCCAAGAUGGCUGCGUCGAGUGCGUUUGCUCGGAACGCUGCAAAGAGGCGAAUCUUGUCCUGAGCAAGGCUGGCGCAUCGGUCAUCUUGCGUUGUCUCUUGAAUCUCGACAUUGAUAUCGAUUCCCUGCCCUGGGGCCCCGAAGACGAACUGACACCCGCGGGAAUCGAGACGAUCAUUGCUGCAGAAGAAGUCAGACCGGCCAGAGGCACGCUGAUUCAAGUACUUGAUAUUGAGAGGAACGCAGUCGGGUCGUCGUCAAGACGGGCACAAGGGAAGUCAGUUGUCGCGGGAACCGUGGGCGGGGAUAACGGUCAUGGGGAUGACUCGGCGGUGAUUAUAAAGGACGAGCCAGAUGAUUGA